AUGACAGAAACUGUAAGCAGCUGCUCCAGCAAACCAUCAGAUAAUAUUACUUUACGUACAAGACGUCGUAACUAUUUGAUUAAAAUAGAAAAUUUUGAAAAAUGUUCGGAAAAAAUUGCUUUGUUGGUAAAACAUGGGCAAGUACCACCAGCAAUUGAUUUAUCAUGCUAUAAUGUUGAUGCUGUACGUACGUUAACUGAUUUUGUUGCCGGAGUAGAUAAGCGUAAUUUACGCAUAGGUAAUAAUAUUCUCACCGAUUUACUUCAAUUGGCACGAAUUUUUCGUAUGAAUCAAUUUACCUCACUAAUUAUUGAGCAUGUGAUUGAAGAAGUGGAAAAAGGGCCACAAUCAAAUCUUUUAUUAGCCUUAAAUUUGGCAUGUUCUGAUUGGAGCAUGUUUUUGCACAUUAAUGAAGCAUCAGCGCUUGUGGAAUCAGCCGUUGAGAAUAUUCAUGAAGUGACAAUGUCAACUUUUUUCUACAUUCUUCCAGCAGCGGCACUUGUUAUGCUUUACAGCAGAUGUGACGCAGAUAUAUCAUCCGAGUUGGAGCUAAGUCAACGUUUUAUCCAUUGGCUUAAGAAAACAAUCCGAACAGAUAGCGAAGCUGAAAUUCUGUUCUCGUGCAUCCGGACACCAUUCUUGUCAUUAAAAGAUCGUGAAAUCAUUCGGGAGAAAUGCAGUGGAUUACCGAAAAGCAUGGUAAAUGCAAUCGAGAAUACGCUAAAUUCACCACGUAAUCAUCGCUGUUGCGUGAUUCGUGAGCAUAUUGAACGUCGUAAUCCACGUUGUGGCAUUCCAAAUAGCAGUAGUUAUUUUAAAAUAAAUUACAUCGAUGUGAUAACUAAAACGACGAAAGAUAAAAAUAAGAAGGAUGAGAAAUUUUCAUUGCCAUCAAAAUAUUUGGAAAAGGACCUUGCAACGGCCUGUGAAAAUAGCAGUCACUUGGACAACAGUAUACCUAAAGGAAGUUAG